UCCUCUCUCCUCAAGUUCCGCCUCCAGUUUGACUUCUCCGACGACUUCUACUCCUGCCACGUCAACUCUUGGGUUCGCUACACCGUCGAUCACCUCGCCCUCGAGCUCGAUCUCGACUUCUUCAUCGAUCGGAUUUACCACGACGACGACGACGACAACGACAACGACAACGACGGACUCGGAUUCGAAGCCUUGUACGAUUUCCCUUUCGGGGUGCUUAGAAACAGCCGAGUUAGAGUUUUGAAGCUCUGCCACUGUUACCUCUCGGUCCCGCCGAAUUUAUCGACUAUGCGAUUUCAUUCUCUCAAAUCGAUGGUCUUCGAUCAGGUCAGCUUGUCGGACGACAUGGUUUCAGGCUUGAUUUUAGGGUGUCUGAAUCUUGAAAUUUUGGGGAUCGAUUAUUGCUGGGCGAUUAGGAAUUUGAAGAUUUGUUCGGCAAAAUUGAAGGAGUUAUCGCUUCAGAAUUUUGUAAGGGAUGAAGAGAGUUCGGUUGAGAUUUGUGCACCGAAUCUGAUAUCAAUCAGUAUUGCUGGUUUUGAGAUGGGAAAGUAUGGUUUGAAGGCUUCGUCUUUGGUUAAAGCACACCUUUGUUUCCCUCACAAAUUGCAGUAUUAUAGUUAUUGGAGUAAGAUUGUGAGGUUGGUUGGUCAUGUGGAGUGUCUCACUGUGCAAAACUGGUGGUUUAAG